AGUCUAAUAUAUAUUGACACGUACACGUCACGUCCUUUCUGGAACAUUCUUCCAAACGGCGUGGUCAUCAAUUUGGUGCAGCAUCAAUUCUAUCCAUAACACUUUAAAAUAUGCCCAAGACCAAAUCAAAAAGGGGGGCACCCAGAUCCACGACGUCGGACCAGUCUCAGCAUGCUCAGGCAGUACAGACAGGGCGUAAUCACAGGACACGGAGGAGCAAUGCUGACUCCAGUGUAGCACAUGGCGGAGUCCAGCCACAGAUACCUGUCGUCCGGCCUCAGAUACCUGUCGUCCAGCCCAAAGACCACUUUCAACCCCCACAGUGGGUGCAGCCUGGGGUAGAAUUAACACCGAGUACAGCAGUGGGACUUGUUCAGGAACCUGGCACCUACAGCCGACCACAACCCUCAGCUAAUCCCAGCUUCGUUCCAGAGGCUGCUUUGUCAAGUGAAAUAAGCCGCCUUUUACACUCAUCCUUGUCAGCAAACACCAACCAAGCAUAUAUGAAGAAACUUUAUGGUGUUCAUGCCGGGUUUCAAACAUCCGCCAAAGCAAAUGGUUAUUUACUAACGGAAACGCAUUUUGAAACAAAGGUGAAAACCAUAUGUACACAUUCAGGAUGCUCGUCAUUUGCAGAAGUGUAUGACAGGGAAUGCCCCAAGGACUGGAAAAAAUUCUCAGGAAACUGUUAUAGGCUUCUGUCGGGCAAAAAGAACUGGGAUUCAGCAAAGAGCGCAUGCAAAGCACUCGAGGCAAAUUUGGCUGACAUAACAUCAGAAAGUGAAAGUCGUUGGCUUCGUAAGAUAUUUACAGGUUUGAAACAUUCUGCUUGGAUCGAUGCCACAGACAAAGCAAAGGAAGGGGAAUGGAGGUGGUCCUCUUCUGGGAAAAAGUUGACGUAUACUGCUUGGGGCAAAGGAGAACCCAACGAUGCAGGAGGCAAAGAAGAUUGUGGUCAAGUCUAUGAACAUGGAGGAAAACUUCUUUGGAACGAUAAAGAAUGCUAUCAUAAACUUCAAACUUUAUGCAAGAAAGAAGCAUAAACAAGGCCAUUCAAGUCACGAGUGCUGAAGUUCAAAAUUAUCGUGGAAUUGAAUCAUGAAUUAAAAUAUUGUAACACCAAA